ACUCCCCUCAGGCACUCUCCCCUGGAUCAUGGCCACACUCCCCUGGAUCAUGGCCACACUCCCCUGGAUCAUGGCCACACUCCCCUCAGACACUCUCCCCUGGAUCAUGGCCACACUCCCCUGGAUCAUGGCCGCACUCCCCUGGAUCAUGGCCGCACUCCCCUCAGACACACUCCCCUGGAACAUGGCCACACUCCCCUCAGACACACUCCCCUGGAACAUGGCCACACUCCUCUCAGACACACUCCCCUGGAUCAUGGCCACACUCCCCUCAGACACACUCCCCUGGAUCAUGGCCACUCUCCCCUCAGACACACUCCCUGGAUCAUGGCCACACUCCCCUGGAACAUGGCCACACUCCCCUCAGACACACUCCCCUGGAUCAUGGCCACACUCCCCUCGGACACACUCCCCUGGAUCAUGGACACUCUCCCCUCAGACACACUCCCCUGGAUCAUGGCCACACUCCCCUGGAUCAUGGCCUCACUCCCCUGGAUCAUGGCCUCACUCCCCUGGAUCAUGGCCUCACUCCCCUGGAUCAUGGCCACACUCCCCUGGAUCAUGGCCACACUCCCCUCAGACACACUCCCCUGGAUCAUGGCCACACUCCCCUCAGACACACUCCCCUUGAGCAUGGCCACACUCCCCUGGAUCAUGGCCACUCUCCCCUGGAUCAUGGCCACUCUCCCCUCAGACACACCCCCCUGGAUCAUGGCCACACUCCCCUCGGACACUCUCCCCUGGGUCAUGGGCACACUCCCCUCAGACACUCUCCCCUGGAUCAUGGCCGCACUCCCCUCAGACACUCUCCCUUCUGGCACUCUCCCCCGGACAUAUUCCCUGUGUGCUGUCGCUCAGACACACUCCCCUCAGACACACUCCCUUCUGGCACUCUUCCCCCGGGCAUAUUUCCUGUGUGCUGUCACCCAGACACACUCCCCUUGAACAUGGCCGCGUUCCCCUCGGACACACUCCCUGAGGUGAGGGUGAGUGUCAGGAGGUGACGGUUCUGUGGCCCCUCUCUGUCUCUCAGGUUCAGCUUUCGGACGAACACGACCAAUAUCUUCCACGUGGAUGAGCGAUACUGGACCGAGCUGCGAUCCACUCCGUCUCCCAGCAGCCCUCGGGAACGGGCCUUUCACACUGCCACCAUCGUUGGCAACUAUAUGGUGGUGUAUGGUGGGAACGUACACAUUCACUAUCAGGAGGAGAAGUGUUACGACGGAGACAUUUUCUUCUACCACCUGGACUGUCACCAGUGGGUCUCCAGCGAAGAGCUCCGGCUCUCGGUCAGUGCCGGGGACGGGCCGCAGAGUCAAUCCUUCCGUGGACGGUAUUCCCAUGUGGCAGCGCUGAUGAAUGGGAAUAUUCUGCUGGUUGCUGGCGGUUACAGUGGUUACCCGAUGGGUGACCUCGUCGCCUACAAGGUCCCCAUCUUCGUGUCGCAGGUCUUAGUCCAAAACGUAAGUGCUGAUUGGUCGGAUCCUCGUGACCCCGUAGUGGGAACUGGGCCUGGGCAGAGGGCACAGGUCAAAGGUUGCGGAGGUGAGAGGGGAUUGGCGCAACCGGCCGAAAGAGAUCCUUGUGGGGCUGGCUGGAGCCGAAAUGGGAUUCCCUCACCCCCACCUUCCCGGACAACCGUGAGGAUCGAGGCUGUGGGUCCAUUCGCUUAUACAUCACUGUCCCAGUAA